UCCAUCAUUUCACGCUCGCCUGUCCUUCAAUCCCGCUGUCAUUCCCACGCCCUCGUCACAACCCCCCCACAACUCUCAACUCUUGUAUUCGAAAACCCUUAUCCAUGAGGCUACUAUCGAGUAUACGAUCCUGACAAUACCUACUCAGCAUCAUAGUUCAUUUUGCCCUCGUCCGGCUUUUCCCCGAUCAUCCAGGGCUGUCAAGUCUUCCCUCCUGAGGAUUACGAGUCCCGUUGAGCUCCGAUUCUUCGCUGGCCCGCCAUGCUUCAAACGCAGACUCAGCACGUCUUUUCCCACCAGCACCAGUAUCCGCAGGCUGAUCCAUCCUGGCUGCAGCAACAGCAGCAGCAGCAUCAUCAAACCCACCCGCACCAGGCUCAGCAACCGCAUUCUUCGUUGGUCGCCCAACAGCAUGCCCAAGUCCAGGCGGCUGCAGCCGCCGCUGCAGCUGCUCAACAACAACACUAUACUCGCAUAGCCAUGGCUGGGAACGCCGGUGCCGGUAAUUCCGCUCAAGGGGCUGGUGCAGGGGGCAUUGGUGGGGAUGGUGCUUUGCCCGGUGCGGUGUCCGUGAUGGAUGGUGGCAUCAGUGAUGAGAAUCGGAAAGUUUUCAUCUGGGUCGCAGAACUCCUCGAUCCGAGUCGCAGAGAAGCAGCUCUCAUGGAGCUUAGCAAGAAGAGAGAGCAAGUGCCGGAACUUGCGUUGGUUAUCUGGCACUCUUUCGGCGUCAUGACCGCUUUACUCCAGGAAAUCAUCUCUGUAUACCCGUUGUUGAACCCUUCGCAACUGACUGCGGCUGCAUCAAAUCGAGUUUGCAAUGCGCUUGCUCUCUUGCAGUGUGUGGCUUCCCACAACGAGACUCGCACCUUAUUUCUAAAUGCUCACAUUCCUCUGUUUCUCUAUCCUUUCCUCAACACAACGUCAAAGUCGCGGCCCUUCGAGUAUCUCCGCCUCACCUCGCUCGGCGUAAUCGGAGCGUUGGUCAAGAAUGACUCAUCCGAUGUCAUCAACUUCCUCCUUACCACAGAGAUCAUCCCUCUUUGCCUACGAAUUAUGGAGACCGGCUCAGAACUUAGCAAGACCGUUGCAAUUUUCAUCGUGCAGAAGAUUCUCCUCGACGACAUCGGCCUCGCGUAUAUUUGCGCAACGUAUGAGAGGUUCUAUGCAGUUGGAACCGUUCUGAGUAAUAUGGUUACUCAACUUGUUGAGCAACAGACAGUACGGCUUCUCAAGCAUGUAGUGCGCUGCUUCCUUCGCUUGAGUGAUAACAGCAGGGCGCGAGAGGCGUUGCGUCAAUGCCUUCCCGAACCUUUGCGCGAUGCGACAUUCUCCUCCGUACUCCGCGACGACGCCGCCACUAAGCGCUGCUUGGCACAGCUUCUCAUCAACCUUUCGGAUAACGUCUCCGAUGGCGCACCUGGUGUUGCGAUGUAAAAAGUUCAAAAGCAUUUGUUUUCCUUCUGGUUUACUUGAUAUAUUUGACAACCUUACGACAUGCAUGGGGCGGGCUUUAGGCGAAACACGGAAUACAAGGCGCAAACUGUGUGGAAUGGCAAUGCAAUGACGCGAUCUCAGGAAAGUUGCACAAAAUCAACAGAGAGAAAAAGAGAAGACAUGGCGGGUAUGGGAGCACUGGGCUUGGGGGUUUCUGUCUUGUUAUGGUUUGAAAGGUUCUGUUGUUUUGCUGGUUAUCUAUUCUUUCUUCCCUGUCCCUGGCUUUUACUGUGGCUUUCUUUCUGCUUUCUAUUUACCCCUAUUUUUCAUUCGUCCAACACUUCGUUCCCCUUCGGCCAUAGUGGUAUGGCUGUGCGGUGGCGUGGAUACGGCUGGCGCUAUUUUUCUGUGUGCAUUUUGCUUGUCCUCUAUGUUCCCCAUUCCCCAUCCUCCAUCUGAGUGAGAUAGACCCUCUUUGAGCGAGAUACCAAGAUCUAGUUUCAUGUUUCGUUGGAUGGUGCUGAUUCUGCUUGUUGCUUAAGUUUCAUUUGCUGGUGACCUGAUUACAUGCAGAGGCAAAUUAUCAUUAUCAUAAGACAUUCUCUCCUUGACUUCAUAAUAUGAGCCUGUAUCAUCAUCUAAAAUAGUC